AUGCGACCUCCAAGAGUCAUCAUAGGAGCCGCCUUUAUCGCGACAGCGGUAUUCCUAACAUUCCUCUCUCUACGGUCCUCUCAUCAGCCGCAGACCGUGAAUUCCUCUACAGUGACGCCAAAAGCCGGUAUACGGACACUAUUUUCCUUCCGAGCACCAUUUUCUCUCUUUCCUCCCAAUGCAAUCAUAACCUUGACACACGAGAAUUCUACAGCCUUUCUAGCGCGGCCUGCAACAUUUGGACCUUCGCUGCCUACGGCUGGCCUGAAAGGGCAGGUUUGGAUAGGCAGUGGGUUUGGAGACGAUAGUAUAAGACAGGGCCCUGUUGCAGCUGGUGCAGAAGGAGAGCUAGGAUGCAGCGAUGUUCCAGGUUGGGCGGAGAGCUUUAAAAAGUCUGGUGCUGCGACGCCCGAUGGUGGAAAGUCGACAGCCGGCGAGUCUGUGACAGUCACCACCAAAUCGAAAGCCCAGAGGCGGGGAAAGGAAGAGAAUAGAGAUAGCCGGACUGCAGAUUCGGAAGGCUCAGUUCAAAUUGGAAAGAGCCGGAACAAACCUCCAGUGAACGACGGAACAGACGACUACCUCCACCAUCCUCUCCAAGGCUCGACCGUAACGAAAACGACCGAUAAACAGCAUAUUGACUCAAACGGGCAUCAUGCAGACAUACAAUCAAUACAAGAAGGGGCGGAGAUCACAGGAAAGGUUGUGCUCUUGAGCCGUGGUGGCUGCGGAUUCUUGGAAAAGGUCAAGUGGGCACAACGACGAGGAGCUAUUGCCCUUAUCGUCGGUGACGAUAGGAAAGGAGGGCCUUUAAUACAGAUGUAUGCAAGAGGUGACACCUCGAACGUUACGAUUCCCUCCAUCUUCACGUCCCGGACGACCGCACAUCUCCUAUCUUCCCUGAUUGGACCUGGGAGCUUCCUCGAGGAUUCGAUAGACGAGAAUGGAAAACCUACGUUGAAGGUACAACACACGGAUCGAGUCAAGAAGCCAGGGAAGAAGACAGAAUCAGGCCCAACUUUUACUGCAACGACAGACUCGGUCAAACCGACAGGCUUGACAGCUCGGGGUUCCUCCAAGAAUACAAAUAAGAAGCCGGCAGCAAAAACGGAAGAGAAAGUGGCAGUCAAGGCUUCCGAGAGUAGAGGAUGGUUCAAGUCUUUAUUUUUUGGGACUCGCAAAAGCAGUUCGGAAUCAGAGAGCAGUCGCCCCCCAAGUAGUGGUCAGUUGGAUUGGGUCCUUGUUGAUGAUUGGAAGGAUGACGAUUCUGCGGGGUCAAAGAAGAUCUCAACCAAACCACAGAAAGUCGAUGUAGAAAAGAAGCCAAGUCAGAAGACUAAACCUGGCUCUAAGUUAUCUUCUGGGGACGACUUUGUCAUUGGAGUGCAAGACUGGCGAGAUCCAGACUUGGUCGGAUCCUCGAGUUCUAAAGACGCGGAGAACGGAGUAAAAGCCCCUCCCGCCAAGGCUGGUGGGAAAUUAGAUGCAACCAAACCCAAGAAUGAAACUCCUCAGCCAACUAAGCAGAGUGGCAAAACCCAGAUCGGGGGGCCUCUUAGAGGAGGCAGCAUCACUCCUGGAAGUGGUGAGUACGACACCAAGAAAUCUCCCGAGGAGAAACCCAAGGAGAAAGUGGCACCUGAAGAACCUGGAAGCAAGCCUAAGGGUCUUUUGACAACCAUAUUUGGCGACGACGAAGAAGAUGUUGAAUUCUCAAUGCCGGGCUCGCACAGUUCGACAAACGCCGUAGGAGAUGAUAUAUCUGAUGGAGACGAGGAUGGAGACGAUGGCAUUGAGGGGUUAUGGGUUACCUUGACUCCGACGAGUGGGGCCAGUCCUUUCCUUGACACAUUACUAGUCUUGGUUGUCAGUCCUCUGGUGACUUUGACUGUUGUCUACGCUCUUCUCCUUGUGAGAUCUAGGAUACGCCGUCGGCGCUGGCGAGCACCAAAAUCUGUGGUCGAGAGGUUGCCGGUAAGGACAUAUCAGACCAUUGCCACGCCUAGUCCCCAGACUCCUAGACAGCCUUCACCGACCAGUUCGUCAGCAACUACCCCGCUCCUUCAACCUUCGCCUCCAACAAGAGCACGACCUCGAUCAAGAACUACAACAGGGAUACCAGAGCCGGGGGACUUAAUUCGAGUCAAUUCAAACCCAUUGCAGGUGCCUAUAGUCGGGCCACGAACCCCAGAACACGAAAAGCCCUACGGUGGUGAAUCGAGUGAGUGGAGGAAGUAUAUGGGGAAGCAAGUGGAGUGUGUAGUGUGUCUUGAGGAAUAUGUUGAUGGGGUCAGUCGCGUGAUGAGUCUACCUUGUGGCCAUGAAUUCCACGUGGAUUGCAUAACACCAUGGUUAACGACUCGACGGCGAACAUGUCCAAUAUGCAAAGGCGAUGUCGUUCGAUCUCUCGCUCGAGGCUCGCCAUCGAACCCUCGAUAUGCACCAUACCACGACGAUAGUGACGAUGAUACCAUCCAGGUCGAAGCCGCAGAAACAAUCAACACUUCAUCAUCAUCCGCUUUACCAAUCGGCGCCACUCUAACAGACAACGAGGACUUGGAGCAAGGCAUCGUCUCCCCAACACCAACACGGCCGCGGAGAACAGGCCGAACCGCAAGCUGGCGGAGCAUAUUAUCCACCAGCUUCGGCUCCACAUCCCGAAGUCCUCGGCCUCCACAAGAAGACCGCAACCGUUAA